AGUCUAAAUCUGUUAUCCCAAAUACUAUCUUUCACUUCUUGAAUGCUAAAACAUUGUCUAUCUUCUACAAUAUAUAAGAUUGUUUCCUUGUAAUUGUUCGAUUUCCUUCUCAUCUUCCACGAUAUAUAAUAUUGAAAUAACAGUUGGGAGCCGUGAAUGCAGUUGAGGGGUGAAGAUCUGAGCUAUAACUGAACAACCAUGUGUUGUUACCAUUCCUAUCUGCCUCUCCCUUUUCUCACUACACUAUCCUCAAAUACACCCUCACUGCUACUUGGGAGACAAUUUAUCCAUGUCAAACGAAGCACCCUGCUCAAAAUUUGGCCCCCCUUGCAGCUAUGUAGUCAGGUCAGAGCCAGAGGUUAUUAUGCAAAGGGAAUGCGUACUAUUAACAAGAGUAGGACAGGACGUUGUAGCCUUCUCGCGCAGCUCCAUUCACAAUCGAAUAAUGCAGCAGUUGUUGGAGGAGUGCCUGUGGUUGAACAUGCUACAAACAUGGCUGCAAAAGUAAAGGGAUCCGAUCUUAUAUUUUUGGGAACUGGCACUAGUGAAGGCAUUCCUCGAGUGAGCUGCCUCACAAGCCCUGUAAAAAAAUGCCAGGUUUGCCAAGAAGCAGCACAACCUGGCAACAGAAAUAGAAGAUUGAAUACAAGUAUUCUGAUCCGUUAUGCUGGUCCUGCAGGGAGAACUAAUAUUCUUAUAGAUGCGGGCAAAUUCUUUUAUCACAGUGCCCUUCGGUGGUUUCCUCAUUUUGGGCUGAGAUAUUUGGAUGCUUUGUUAAUUACUCACUCACAUGCAGAUGCUAUUGGAGGGCUUGACGAUGUACGCGAUUGGACCAAUAAUGUACAAGAGUUUGUUCCCAUUUAUGUGACGAAACGUGAUCUUGAGGUUAUGGAGAAGACUCAUUACUAUUUGGUAGAUACAAGUGUUACGAUGCCUGGGACUGCUGUUUCAAAGCUACAAUUUAACGUUAUAACUGAAGAACCUUUCCAUGUUCAUGGCCUGAAGGUUACUCCUUUGCCUGUUUGGCAUGGACGGGGUUAUCGCUCCCUUGGAUUUCGCAUUGGUAAUGUCUGUUACAUAAGUGAUGUAAGCGACAUUCCUGAGGAGACAUAUGGUUUACUCAAAGAUUGUGAACUUCUAAUCCUGGAUGCGUUGAGGCCUGAUCGCUCCAGCACAACACAUUUUGGCCUGCCUAGGGCUCUACAAGAAGUCCGCAAAAUUUGUCCUGAACGGACUCUUUUUACUGGAAUGAUGCAUUUGAUGGAUCAUGAUCGAGUCAAUGAGGACUUGGCAAAGUUGAAGGAACAAGAGGGGCUCGACAUCCAACUUAGUUAUGAUGGGCUAUGUGUUCCUAUAAACAUUUGAAUGUAAUUUUAAUUGUCCAAUUUGAUUUGGAUUCAACAUUCAUUUGUUUGCUUUUAUCAUUAUUAAAAAUAAUAGUGGAAUCUCAUUUCUAUAUUGGAAGGAAGGGUUAGUUUUAGUGUAAGUUGGGUUAAUUAUUUUUCAACGACAAUCAGUUUGUAGUUGAGUUGUAAAAAGGCUUUUGGUAGUCAUUGCAUUGUCUAUGUUUAUGAUUCUUGCCUUGGUAGUUCAUUUGUUAUUAA